AUAGCAGCAGUGUGUAGCGUUACAGCCGGCAUAUUGUACCUGAACCAUGUUUACCCGCGGGCACAAGCGAAGCAGAAGGACGUGGUGUCAAGAAGAGCUGAUGAUCAACACACCCAAACACCGCAACUUCCCAUUUGCAGUCAUCCAAAAUGUCGCGUCCACAAGACGACAGAAACCAGGAAGCUACUGUCUACCUCCUCAGGGCAAUCUCGACGAGCGCGUUUCGGAUGCAAUUGUAUGGGAGUUGAUGCUGCAAGCCGGUCCUGUAGUGAACGUCCACCUUCCCAAGGACCGUAUAUCUAUGGCCCAUCAAGGGUAUGGCUUUUGCGAAUUUCAAACAGAGGAAGACGCAGAAUAUGCUUGUAAGAUCAUGAACCAAAUCAAACUGUGGGGAAAGCCGAUAAGGGUUAACAAGGCCUCGUCUGAUAAGAAGCAAUUGGAUGUCGGUGCCAACCUGUUCAUCGGCAAUCUGGAUGAAAAUGUCGAUGAGCGAUUGUUAUACGACACGUUCAGUGCAUUCGGCAUGAUGGCCACAACCGCCAAGAUUGCGCGGGACCCUAGCUCCGGCGUGUCCAAGGGCUAUGGCUUCGUCUCGUACACGGACUUUGAAGCGUCUGAUGCUGCCAUAGAAGCUAUGAAUGGCUCAUUCCUCAUGAACAAGGCGAUUACGGUGCAAUACGCGUUCAAAAAGGAUGGCAAAGGGGAACGACACGGCACGGCCGCUGAGCGACUGCUCACUGCGCAAGCCCGUAAAAACAACGCGCUGCCAAAUGGUGCACGACCCCCCGCUCCACUCGGGUUCGGGGUCCCAGUUCCCGCAUACCAAUAUCAGGGUCAAUUCGCAGGCGCUCUAGCUCAACCACCACCGCCUCCCGGAUUUGCCCCGCAGCAGACGAUCAUGCCGGCAAUGCAAAUGGGGAUGGUGCCUCCACCACCACCAGGGAUGGGUGGGCCAGGGAUGGGUAUGCCGAUGGGUAUGCCGCCGGGGAUGAUGCCUCCCCCUCCGCCAAACAUGCCUGUGUUUCCUGGGUUUGCGCCGCCGCCUGGGUUCGGACCGCCUUUUCCGGGCCAAAUGCCGGGCCAAAUUCCAGGCCAGAUGCCAGGCCAGAUGCCAGGCCAAAUGAUGCAUCCUGGGUUUGAGAGUGUACUCCAGUCAGGAGAUCGGCGAUCUCAAGCACAUGUUAUAGCAUCUUAUCUCCGUUAUUUAGGGUUGUAUAUGCGUCAGCAGAACUGUUCACUCACGCUCAUGUCAUCGACGACUAAACGCCUCGAAUACUCGACGCUCGAACAAAGCUCCAAAUGGCGUAGUCUCCCGCCUCCUCCCGGCUUCUCAAAAAGUGUUUCGACACGCAACAAUGUCAAGACCCCGGUCUUCUCUCCCGCAGUGCACGACCAGAUGAAGGAGCAGCGCGCGCUGGACUUCGCCACGGGGCCCGCGAAGCAGCUGCCCAUGCAGGCAUUCAUGCUCUACAUGUCUGGCAGCGGCGUGCAGAUCUUCAGCAUGGGAAUCGUCUUUAUGCUGCUCAUGUCGCCGUUCAAGAAUAUUGCGUCGAUGAAUGCAGCUUUCGCGCAAUUCGCUCCCUCGACAGCGACGAACCCCAACUCUUUCACCGUGCUGUCCCUACAGAAACUGGUGUACGUUCUGUGCAAUCUCGUUGUUCUCGGCGUAGGAUUGUGGAAGUGUCGGUCCAUGGGACUGCUACCGACCGGAACCGGAGACUGGUUAGCUUUUGAGACUCGGGGUCUAGCGCCAGAAACUGUCUUAUUCUCAUGACAUUUUCGAUAGCACAUUUACUU